AUGUCGGCCAAAGACAAGCGCAAGUCAGGAUCCACGUAUAGAUCCAUAGAAGCCAAUAAUAAAAAGCUUGAUGCUGAAUUGUUUGGAGAGAGUAGUGAAGCUGGGCCAAGUAAUAUUCAGACAGCUACGUCAAAUGUAGAGUUCAGUGAACACCCGCAUUGUGAGAACCAUCCUUGUCCAUUUGAUGAAUACAUCUUGCAAGAAGAAUACGUCAGUCAUUUGAUUACUAUCGAUGCAUUCGACGAUAUGGAAGUAUAUGAAGAGGUCAACGAAGAUUACGAUGAAGCUGAGGAAACUAUACACACGAUGUACCACCAAGAUAUUGAUGGUUGGCAACUUUUUGGUGAAUCGAAACCAAAGAGUGUUGAGGAAUAUCUGCGUCCGCUAGUCGACGAGCUAAAUGGGUUGAUGGAUAAUGGCAUUGUAAUAGCCAAUAAGCCAAUCGAAAUACACGUUAGAGCUUUCAUCGCGGACUCACCAGCACGAGCAUUCAUAAAAGGUUCAGUUUACUUCAACCACACACAUGGUUGCCAAAAAUGUACGGUGCAAGGAAAAUAUCACAGCGCACACCGAGUUACAUGUUUCCCGGGAAUGGAUCAUCCAGCAAGAACGCAUGAAGAUUUCGUCCAAUCAAAUUACGGAGCACAUCAUCGGGAAAAAACGCCUCUCAUGGAUCUUAAGAACUUUGACAUCAUAAAGCAGAUUAUUAUAGCAGAUCGUUUGCACCUCUUUGACUACGGCGUAACAAGAACAAUGCUGAAAGGAUGGAAAUCAGACAAAUUAGGAGGGGGUGCCAAGUGGUCUGAAGACACAAUAAGCAAGAUUGAUGCUUUGCUGAAGGAGGUGGAACUUCCUUUAGAGUUUCAUCGCAAACUCCGUUCUGUUGAAGACAUUGGAUUGUGGAAAGCUAGUGAGUUCCAAAUGUUUCUACAUUACGCGAGUUUUAUCGUUUUGAAGGAUGUAUUAACAGAUGUACAGUAUGACCAUUUUAUGAAAUAUUACUGUGCGGUAACAUUGUUAUCAUCCGAAGUGUAUAAGAAUGAUUGGCUUGAGGCGAAAUGCUUGCUAAAAGAGUUCGUUUUAGACUAUGGUGUUAUCUACGGGGAACAUUGCAUCACCAGCAAUAUACAUAGUUUGUUGCAUGUGUAUGAUGAUGUAGACAAAUUCGGCCCGCUUUACACCAUUUCAUCUUAUCCCUUUGAAAGUAAGCUCCAGCAUGUUAAGAACUGUCUUCGAAACGGUCAUAAGGUUUUGGUGCAGGCUGCAAAUAGGAUAUCGGAGCAAAAACCAAGUACUGCGUCAUCAAAUAGAACAAAUCUCUCUUUUCCAUUUUUGAAAACCAAAACUAAUGGAGUAGCAUUGCACAUAAAUCCACAAUCAACUCUUUCUCCUGGUUUUCAGUCCAAUUGGUUUUUGACUCAUGAUAACUACAUAGUUAAAUAUUGUAGCGCAGAACAAAAGAUUCAACUAUAA